UUCUCCUCUCUUUCUCGGUACAAGGAAAGUGAGAUUUGAUUGUUUCACCUUUGUGGGUUUCUGAAUUAUGGCUUCAACUUUGCUGUUGGUGGCCGUCUUUGUGAUUGAUCUCAUAGCUUUUGCCCUAGCUGUUGCUGCUGAGCAGAGGAGGAGCACCGCAAGUGUUCAAAAUGAGGGAAGUGAAAGUGAAAGGUACUGUGUUUAUGAUAAAGAUAUUGCGACCAGCUUGGGCGUGGCUUCAUUAUUGUUUCUUUUGGUUAGUCAACUCGUAAUAAUGGUUGCAACUCGAUGCUUGUGCUGUGGGAGGGCCAUGAGACCAAGCGGUUCUAGAGCAUGGGCAAUUGUCCUGUUUAUCACUAGCUGGGUGUUCUUUUUCCUUGCUGAAGUAUGCUUGCUGGCCGGGUCAGUGCGAAAUGCACAUCACACCAAGUACUUGGGUUCGAAGAUAUCAUGCCAGGUCUUGAGAAGGGGAGUCUUUGGUGCUGGAGCUGCCUUUAUUGUCUUAACAGGCAUUGUGUCGGAACUUUACUAUGUUAGUCACUCCAAGGCUAACGAUGGCCAGGCUACCUAUGCUAGAGACACUGGAAUUAGAAUGGGAAACCUAUAGAUUAAUUAUAGUUACAGGAAGUGGUUAGUCACAUUCUGAUUUGUAUGAAGAGUCGGGUAUUAAGCUUGUAGUGUAUUAACACUUAGUUUGUCUAUGAAGAAUUAAAAGACCUACAAUUCUUCAGUCUGUUUGAAAUUAGUUCUUCUUUGUCAUUGACAGGGACAUUUGUACUCUUAUCUCUUUUUUUGUGAAAAAUAAUAAUGUCCAGGGAACCCUAAAGUCUCUCAUGUAUUGACUUCUGGAAUAAGAUACACUAUCUAGG